AUGGCCGGCUCCGGCGACGAAAGCGACGGCGGCUCGCCCUACAAAGCCCGCACGGUGAUGCAGCAAGAGAAGCAAGACAACUCCGUCAAACAACUCAAGCGAGAACAAGGCCUACAAUCCAACCGAUCUCGUUCCUCCUCCCGGCGCGCCCGCCGCCAACGCAUCAAAGAAGGCAUCGAGAACGGCAAAUACAUGAAGACGAACAGCUUGGAAGCGCUCGAGGAAGCCGACGCCAACGGCGAGCUGAACCAGAUGCAGUUCUUCGAGCGCAUCGGGCCGGACAGCACGAGCAUGGAUGGGCCUGUCACGAUGGCCAGGGCGCUCAGAGGAGAGAUCCCCAUGCGCGGCACGGAUCCGAAUCAGCCGUACCGGGUGGAGAAGAAGGAGGACAAGGGGUCGUUGGCGAACCAGGAUGGGCUCAAGUUAACGCUGGAGGCGAAUCUGGAGGUCGAGAUUGAGCUCAAGGCGAGCAUUAGGGGCGAUUUGACGCUGUCGCUAUAG